CACCUUCUCCAGAUUAGGCUUUAUAUGCGCUGCCGCCGUGCAGUCUAUCAUCAGUUACCAGUCACUAAACGCAAAGAUGACAGACAAACAGAGCCACAAGAGACUGCGCAAGGAACUUUCGGAACUCCAGACGACUCCCAUGAAAAAUUUCCGUCACAUCAUAGUUGAUGAAAGGAAUAUUCUCUCCUGGCAAGGGCUCAUUGUACCUGAUAACGCCCCUUACAACAAAGGAGCGUUCAGGAUCGAGAUCGUAUUUCCUUCUGAGUACCCGUUCAAGCCCCCCAAGAUCAUGUUUAAGACCAAGAUCUACCACCCCAACAUUGACGAGAAGGGUCAGGUCUGUCUGCCAAUCAUUAGUGCCGAGAACUGGAAGCCAGCGACCAAGACCGAUCAAGUGAUCCAGGCCCUUGUUACACUGGUGAACGACCCUGAGCCAGACCACCCUCUGAGGGCUGACUUGGCCGAGGAGUAUUCAAAGGAGCGCUCAAAAUUCUUUAGGAACGCAGAAGAGUUUACAAAGAGACAUAGCGAACAGCGGCCGUCGGACAAUUAACGUGACGGCCUACCUCCCCCCGGACCCCCUUCCCGUGUCGUAUACCUCUUUCUGCCUUUCCCUUUAACCUUCACCGUUAUCUUUCCUCUUGCUGGUCCAAACACACACACACACACACGCAUAUCCUCUCUCGAAGUAGGACUUUUUGUAAACCAGAAGUCGCCUCUUGGUGUUAGAGUCUUGAGGCUCUUUUGAACUUUCUAACGGUCUUAAAUUUAAAAAAACUUAAAAAGAUUAAAUAAAUCAGUCAAUAAAAACACAGAACUAAAAUCAGAUGGAGGAGAGAUCCAGAACAACAAAACAAUCACUGCUCAAGUGUACACUUCCAUUGCAGACACUUUUUGUUUUAUUUUUAUUUUUUUUCAAGACGUGGUACUAUCCCUUUCAGGUGGUAAUGUUGGUAGCCCCCUUUCCUUUUGUCUUUUUCUUGUGAUUUCUCUUCUAAAUCCAAUGUGUUUAAGAAAAAAAAGAAGAAAAAAAAAAGAUGUUAAUUCCAGGCACAGAGGUGUGGUGAAAUGUCUUGUACUCCUUCAGACUUGCUCUCAUUCUGAAGCUUCUCUGGAGUCUGUGUGAUUUAGCCUAUUCAGUUCUUAACCUUAGUUUCCCGAUCAUUCAAUGAUUAAGAUUGCGGCCUGUUCACCGACAGGGAUGUAUCAAGGAUUCUAAUAAGGAGAAAUGUGUGUGUGUGUGGCUGAAUGUAAUUGUUUAUUUUUAAAAGAUCACUGCAGAAUUAUUUUUCUUUUUUCACUGCGAUUUCCAGUACUUUCUUUGUCAUUGAAGUAUUGUCUGAUAUGCCUUUGUCUCUGUCUGUUCUUUAAAAAAAAUAUAUAAAAUUUUUUGGCCUUUGGAAA